AUGACGACGCGACCGCUCGCGAUGCUCCUGGCGCUCGCGCUGCUCGCGUGCUUCGGCACGCGUCACGCCACCGCGGCGUUCACGCAGUUCACGCCGACGAGCGCGUUCCCGAACAGGUACGCGCGGAACUACUGCUCGCUCAUCGCGUCCACGGCGACGGACACCGUGGGUGCCUCGUGCCAGAUCGACUCCCAGUACGGCACCUCCCGCGGCGUCGUGUCGAUGGCGUUCGGCGAGCAGGCGUGCACGGUCACGCUCACCGGGUGCGUCCCGGGGGUGUGCUACUCGUUCAGAGAUCACACGAACACGGUGGAGAGGGACCAGGUGUCGCGGCCGACGGGCGGGAGCGGCCUGAGCGCGUCGCUGUUCAAGUCGAUAUCCGCCACGGGCGUGAGCGAGUACGCGCACACGAACGAGGGGUUCUCGUUCACGCCGAGCUCGUCCACGGUGGUCAUAUCUUACGAGACGCACUCGUGCUACGACUACUACUCGUACCGCGGGCGAACGGAGAAGCAGCAGUGCGGGGAGGCGAUCGGCGCGAUCACGGAGAUCGACAGCGGGACGCCGUUCUCGCUGUCGUGCUGA